UUUCUCUGCAAGGUCACAAACCAGGAGCUGUAGGAUAAGAUUCACAACCAUGCUGUCCUCUAUCCUGUUUUGGGGACUUAUUGCCCUCAUUGGCACUUCUAGGGGCUCGUACCCCUUCACUCACUCAAUGAACCCUCACCUGCAUCCCCGCUUGUACCACGGCUGCUAUGGUGAUAUCAUGACCAUGGAGACCUCUGGUGCCACCUGUGAUAUAACCAGGUUGAUGAACUGUGGGAUCCGUGGUUCUGAAAUGUUUGCUGAGAUGGAUUUGAGGGCCUUAAAGCCCUACCAGAUUCUGAUCAAAGAAGUUGGGCUGAGGUACUGUGUGGACCCUGCUCUCAUCGCAGCCAUAAUCUCCAGAGAAAGCCAUGGUGGAGCUGUCCUACAAGAUGGCUGGGACCACAGGGGACUUAAAUUUGGCUUGAUGCAGCUUGAUAAAAAAAUUCAUCACCCUGUUGGUACCUGGGACAGCAAAGAACACCUUUUGCAGGGUGUUGGAAUUCUAGCAGACAAAAUUAAGGCAAUCCAGAAAAAAUUCCCCACGUGGAGUGUGGCUCAACACCUGAAAGGUGGUCUCUCAGCCUUUAAGUCAGGAAUCGAUUCCAUUGUCACCCCAACGGACAUAGACAAUGACUUGGUCAAUGAUCUUCUUGCCCGAGCUAAAUUCUAUAAAAGACAUGGCUUCUAA